AUGGUUUUAGGACCAGACUUGGUAGAUGCCACCACGGAGAAGAUUAAGGUCAUCAAACAGAAGUUACUGACAGCUAAGAGUCGGGUCACGCCGACUACUGGCGUUGGGAGGUCCAUUAAAGCAAAGAAGUUAUCUCCUAGAUUUCUUGGUCCCUUUGAGAUUUUAGAGAAAAUUGCAGAAGUAGCUUAUCGGAUUGCCUUACCACCGCACUUAUCCAAUGUUCAUGAUAUGUUCCAUGUGUCCCAACUCAAGAAAUACCAUCCUGAUCCGUCUCACAUCCUAGAACCUGAGGAGGUGGAGCUGCAUGAUAAUCUGACGUACAAGGCGGAAUCGGAAAGAGUUCUUGAUGUAAAGGAUGAACAGUUGAGAAAUAAAACCAUUCAGUUGGUGAAGGUGUUUUGGAAGGGCAUGAAUUCGGGCGAUGCCACCUGGGAGAUGGAAGAACAGAUGCAGCACGAGUACCCUCUUUUGUUUUCUUAG